AUGGUACAGCCACGCAGGUCAUUGACAACUUCGUCUCCUAUGGACAUGAGCAGCCAAACCAACAGCAGUAGCAGUAGUAGUUUGCAUUUCAAUAAGCGAAUCAUUAGCACAAUCAAGCUGAACAUCAGCAAUAAAGAACUAAUCACUAGACUUAUGGAGCUACACGAGGAACUUUCCAACUUUGAUGAUGAGGAGAUUGAUUUAAAUUCCCUCAAGCUGGUGACCAAGGACCUCAUUGACAAGAGAUUGUUGAAUCACCCAAGUAUCGGCGUACAAGCAUAUGCUUGUUGUUGCUUGUCAGAUAUCCUUAGACUCUUUGCACCAAAUGCACCUUAUCUGGACGAGCAAUUGUAUGUCAUCUUUGACACAUUUUUCAAACAGUUUACAAGAAUCGCCAGCACUGGUAAAUCGGAAAGGUCUCAAUACUACUUACAAUAUGUCUAUUUGUUAAAAAGAUUGGCCGAAACGAAAUCCAUAAUCUUGAUCCUUGAUCUUCAGGAGUCACAAAAAUUAAUCAAAUCGUUAUUUGAGGCUUUUUACAACAUUGGCACUAAACAAAGCUUUCCCAGGGAGUUGGAAUCUUUGGUUAUUGAUAUUUUGUCAGAAGUGAUUUCAGAAUGUGAAGCUGUACCACUAGAUAUAAUCAAAAUGAUAUUAAGCAAGCUUGAGCUACAUGGAUUGAAUAAUCAGUUACUUCUGGAAAAUAUAACAACGCCUGAAUUCAACUUUUCCUUAGCCGUUUGCGAAAACAAUGUUGAUAGAAUGGCUAGGUUGGUGGCCCAGUACUUUUCCGAAAUCUUGUACACAAACUCAAACAAAUUGGAAACUGGCGAAUCCAAUGAUUCAGAGUUUCAAAAAAGAAGUGAAAAUGAGUUUUUGAAAGCCUUGGAGGCUUUGAAAAAGAUUCAUCACUUGUCAGUGCAGCUUUGGACAUUUGUUCCUUCCAUAACGUCGUCAGUCAUUUGUUUAAUCGAUGACGAGUUGAAUGCAAGUGAUGAAAGGAUACGUGCUUUGGCUACAAGAACUAUUGGACAGAUGUUGGGGACAAAAAGUUAUAGCCCAACUAUACCAUUGCAUAAAGUCAAUUUUUUUGUCAUACACAACCCAAUCUGGCUUAGUUGGCUAAAGAAAACAAAUGACAUAUCUCAUUACGUUCGUGCUUUAUGGGUGAAUCUAAUUCCCGAUAUUUAUAUCAAUAACCAAUACCUUACAAACGAUUUGUGUCGUGUUCUUGCAAGCGAGCUAAAAAAGUGCAUGGUGGAUACCGACCACAGAGUUCGAGAGGCUGCCUGUAUUGCCAUUAGCAAGAUCCCACACGACACAUUUAUUACCAAAGUUGCCAAUAAGGAAAUUUUGCAAAUUUUGUCGCAAUUGAUUAGAGAGAAGCACAAAAAUAUAAGAUCAACUGCGAUCAACGUGUUGAGUUCGAUUUAUCACCACCAUGCACAGCUCCAAGCUGGACGCGAUGAUGUUGAUGGUAGCCACAACCAUGAGCAACUCCUAUUAGACCACGAGCUUGAGCAGAUGAUUACAGAUAUCCCCAAUCAAAUAUUGUCAUUAAUCUACAUAAAUGACAAAACCAUAAUUGCUUUAGUUGAUGAAUCAUUAUUCGAAAAACUUGUCCCCGUUUCGGAAUCAAAUUCAGCUAAGCGAGUAGACUCGUUGGUGAGGUUUUACUCCACUUUGAAUGACAAGAGUAAAGAAGCAUUUACCGCUAUUCUUAGAAGGCAAAGCCAGAUUGCAAACGGGGUUGAAAACUUUUUAAAAAUUGCUGAUGAAUCACAUAAAGCAAACUCCUUAGAAAAGGAAAACAAUCCGCCAUCACUGUCGGACCAACUCAAAUCAAACUUGGUCAAAUUGGAAAAGAUUUUGAACUGGCUUUGUGCUUCGUUUCCUGACGAGCACAAUACAUACUCCUGUUUAGAGAGGCUCUUUAAACUCAAUAGAGCUCGAUUCUAUCACUUGAUAAAAACCUGCAUCUCAUCUGAGUCGGAUCUAACCACCAUCAAUAGAGCGUUCAAGGAAUUGGUGAAUAAACUUGCAGAUCCAAAGAAUCUCAAAUGUGAUGACACAAUCAGUGUUACUCCCGUGGAUAUGGUUUACAACACCAAGUUAUUGAUACUUAGAGGUUCGCCUUUGUUGCUUAAUAGAUCCAAUGUUGAACAGCUCAUUUUGCUCUCAAAGCUGCUGCUGGUGCAAUAUUUCAAAAUACCUGCCAACGAGUUGUUGCAGCUAAUGUCAACUAUAUCACCCGCAGUGUUCAAGCACCAUGUAAGAGCUUUGGUUGAAUUGUGCAUGGACGAUAAUGAAGCAAACAAGUCAGGACCACUCAAAACUAUCUACCACUUUGUCAAAAAGUAUCCAGAGUCUUUUCCAGGUGAAAUAUUAUUCACUGAACUGUUGGUCAAAUUGGCAGUUGAUGGAUCACCUGAGGAAGCAAAGUAUUGUGUAAAACUUCUCGGUCUUAGUGAACGAAAGGAAGUCUGCUGCAACGACAUUAUCGAUAGAGUGUAUCCAUUGGACGUGAUUGAUGGUCAAUUUGGAACACAUUUGAGCAGUGUAGCAGAACUUUUCUUGGUUGAUCAAUAUUCUGUCAGCGACAAGGAGUCCGACAUAACUGAGUACGUGAUAAAGAAUGUGUUACUUGAAAACACAGCAGCAGACAAGCAGCGAGUGUAUAAACUCUUGGCUAUUCGGUACUUUAUCAACACAUUGAAGAGCUACGUUGAUGACCCUGAGACAGCCAAACAGAAAGCGGGGCCUGUUAUUAAAUUGUUAUUAUCUAUAAUUGGAAAUGAGGGAGAGAUAGUCAACAGGAAUAACGAAACUUGGCCCACUCCUGAGCAAUACAAAGUGACGUUGAGAUUAACGGCUGGGGAAUACUUGUUGAAAUUGGCAAAGAUUCCAAUUUACAAUGAAGUUAUUUCUUCCUCUACAGUGAGAAAGCUAUGCGUUUUACUAACCGAUGAGGAUCUUUCAGUGAGAACCCAAUUUUCAACAAAAUUGAGACAAUAUCUUGCAUCAGAAUCGAUUUCAGAAAAGUACCUAUCUUUGGUGUUUUUCAUGGCUGUUGAGCAAGACAAUGCAUUGAAAACUGAAAACACUUUGUGGGUAAAAUCCAUGUCCAAGAGAUCUGAAACAUUGAAAAGCUUAAAGUUUGAAAAGUCCUUGGUUCGGUUGAUUCACAAUAUUACUCACCAUGAAAAGUUUCUUUCAAUUUUGAAUGGCGACGAGGAAACUUUGGCAAAUGAAGAGGACCAAAGAAUGUUGGAGUCGUUUUCUUUUGCAGCUCGUUUCCUUAUUUACUAUGUGCAGUUGAUAGCCAAAGCUGAAAACAUAUCCUUACUCUACUAUUUAGCCAGCAGGGUGAAGCAACAUCGAGAUGCCACCAUACCAAGCGAAGAAUAUGAGAUGUUGAAUAAACCGCAAGAGGUGCGUAAUGUAUAUCGCAUUGCUGAGUUGGCCCAGUUAGUGUUGAAGACGUAUAGCGAUUAUAAAGUCUGGCCCAUUCAAACUUGGACAGAGAAGAUCAAAUUGCCGCAGGACAUAUAUGCCCCAAUGGCUAGUGCUGCUGAAGCACAAUCUGUCGUGUCUCAGGUAUUCAUACAUGACGGGUUACAAGGUAAAUUGGUGGCUUUGAUAAGAAAGGAGAUUUCUGACACGAAACGGAAACAGACUGAUGACGUAGUUGUUGCAAAUACACCCAAGAGAGCAAAACGAGCACCAACUUCCAACAAACGCAACAAACGCAAGAAAAGUGCUCGAAGAGUUGGAAAACCUAGCAAGAAGGUUAGCGUUGAGCCGAUGAGAAGGAGCAGCAGAAUCAGAAAUAAGAUUGAUUACAAAGACCAAAUUGCUUCAGAGGAUGAUGAAGAAGAAGAAGAAGAGGAAGAGCUUGACUCAGAAAUGAGUUCGGAGAGUAACUCAGAAAGUGACUUUGAGUGA